AUUAAGGCAGAAGAAGAAUUUUUUGAUUUCCUGGAAAGAUUCAAGUGCCGAGCUGUGGUAAAGAAGGAAAACAUUACCACCAUAAUGAUCGAGAUUGGUCAACAGGAGUUGAUGCAGAAACCCCAUCUGAUGGUGGCAACAUGGCAGCCAGUCCUGCAAACACUGAAGAAAUAUCCACCCUUCCAAACCUUGUCUGCUCUUGAAGUCUCUUACGAAGACACAAAACCCACAACAAAGAAGAUCUUACAGCUGUUAGAUGCAAAUCCAAAUUCAGAUGCUGAGAGAGAUGCAUUUCGAUUUUUACAGCGAUAUAUCAGAGGCUUGGACAACAGUCAACCUUUACAGUUUCUUAGGUUCACUACUUCACUUAGCUUCUGA